AUGGUCAAGACUGUCGUCGUUCUCGGCGCCGCGUACGGCGGCCUGGCCGUGGCUCAUCGUCUGCUCAAGCACACACGCCAGACAGAGCCGGACCUCAGAGUGAUUCUGGUUUCAAAGACAACUCACUUCUACUGGAACAUGGGCUCCGUCCGCGCCAUCGUGCCGGGCAUCGUCAAAGAUGACGAAAUCUUCCAGCCCAUCGAGUCCGGCUUCGCAUCCUACCCCAAGGAAUCCUUCGAAUUCGUCCUCGGCACCGCCACGGGCCUCGAUGUGGCCCGCAAAUCCGCCCUCGUAUCGACCGCGUCCGGCCCCAGGUCCCUGCCAUAUGACUACCUCGUCCUCGCCACCGGCGCCCGCGCCGCCUCCCCCGACAUGCCGUGGAAAUCCUCCAAUUCCCACGAAGAAACCCUCCGCCUCCUCCACGCGACGGCAGAAAAGGUCAAGUCCGCAAACCACAUCGUCGUAGCGGGCGCUGGUCCCACGGGCGUAGAAGUCGCCGCCGAGAUCCGCUUCGAGUUCAAGGACAAAGAGGUCCACCUCUUAGCGGCUGAAGACGAGAUCCUCGCGGGCGACUCCAUCGCGAAACCUGUGCAGAACGAGAUUACAAGGCUCGGCGUGCAGGUCCGGAAGCACGCGCGCGUCGCGAAUUCGCGCCCGCUGCCGGAUGGCAAGACCGAGGUCAAGCUCAUGAGCGGCGAGGUCAUCCGGACGGAUCUGUACCUCCCCACCAUGGGCCUCGUGCCGAAUACGGAGUACCUCGACCCCGGGAUGCUGAACGAGCGCAAGUAUGUAAAUGUGGACGAGUACAUGCGCGUCAAGGGCGUCGAGAACGUCUGGGCGUGCGGGGAUAUCGUCUCGUUUCCGAGGGCGGGCUUCAUGCUCACGGAUAAGCAGGCCGCUGGCGUCGUAAAGAACAUUGAACUCGCACUCAAAGGCAAAGACCAAACCGUCGUAAAAGGCAUGCCCGUUGACGUCUACGUCUGCGCCACGGGUCGCAGCCGUGGCGCGGGCCGCAUCGGCUGGGUCAAGGCCCCUUCUCUCAUGAUCUGGGCCGUCAAGAGCCGGAACCUGGGGUUGCCCAUGGCCGUGCCGUAUGCCAACGGCGGCCAGUGGACCGAUGACUCCCGAAUGCCUCUAUAG